AUGGCUGCUGGACUCAAGACUAUCAUCGCACUGUCCUUUGUUCUCGCUAUUGGCUUCCUCCUCGUCAUCCUCUCCUCCGCAUUAUGGCACAAGUACUGGCCUCUGCUGGUGGUUGCCAUCUAUGUUAUCGCGCCUCUACCCAACUGGAUCUGCCAACGAUGCGCAAAUCCCGAUGAUUUCAUGGACAGCUCGAGUAACUCCGCCAUGGACUUUGGACGGUUCAUGACGGGAUUUUUGGUCCUGACUGGAAUUGCCCUUCCCGUUGUCCUUGCCCACAGCGGUGCGAUCGAGCUCCCCGCUAUGAUCAUGUCCAUUUUCGGUGGUCUUUUGAUCUACGGUACCAUUAUUAGCUUUUCGAUGUUCUUCCAGGAGCAGGAAGAGUUCUAA